AUGUCUUAAGAUAAACAUGCUAUUGUUAUUGAUAAUGGAUCAUAUCAAUGUAAAGCAGGUAUGGCAGAAGAAAAAGAACCAAAAUUUUGCUUUCAUUCAUGUGUAGGAAGACCAAAAUUUGAACAAAGUAGAUGGAAUAUGGGCGAAAAAGAAAUUUGUGUUGGUGAUGGAGUUUUAGAAAAGAGAGCUGUUUUAUCAAUUAAAUGGCCAAUUGAAUUUGGAAUUAUUGUAAAUUUUGAUGGUAUUGAAAAUAUGUAUCCACUAUUUAGAUAUGGAAAGAGUUUGGCUUCAUGCAUUCAAUAAAUUAGGCGUCUAUCCAGAAGACCAUCCAGUUCUUUUGACUGAAACUGUAAAAAAUCCAAAGGCAAAUAGAGAAAAAAUAACAUAAAUAUAUUUCGAAACAUUCAAUGUGCCAUAGUUCUUAGUUGUUAAUUAGGGAUAUCUCUCACUGAUGGCUUCAGGGAGAUCCACUGGUAUUGUCUUAGACUCUGGAUAUAGUGUUUCAAACAUAGUUCCAGUCUUUGAAUCAUCUACUUUAUUAGAUGAUACUCUGAAAACUGAUUUGGCAGGAAGAGCCUGCGAUAGAAAAAUGGCUUCUAUUGCAGAGGAAUUGGGUGAUGUAAGCUAAAAAUGGACUGAAAAGAGAAAUGAAGAAAUUGCAAGAGAUAUUAAAGAGGAAUUAUGUUAUGUUGCUCUUGAUUAUGAAGAGGAAAUGGAAAAAUACAAGAAUAGUGAUGGAUAAAGUAGAUAUUUUCAAUUACCAGAUGGAAGUGAGGUUAAGAUCGUUGAUCAAAGAUUUAGAUGUCCAGAAAUACUUUUUAAUCCUUUAUUACAAAAUUCUAAAAAUUUGGGUCUUGAUAGCAUAGGAAUUCCUUAAAAAAUAUAUAAUUCAAUUAAUAAGUGCGAUAUUGAUAUCAGAAGAGAUCUGUAAUAAUUAUAUUUAAUUUAUGUCUUAGUUAUGAAAAUAUUUUAUUAGCAGGAGGAAAUACUUUGAUACCAGGAUUCAAAGAAAGAUUAGAAAAAGAAUUAGCAUCACUUGCACCUUCCACAAUUAAAAUAAAAGUUGAUGCCCCAAAUAAUAGAAAAUUAACAUGCUUUAUUGGAGGAUCAAUCAUGGCAUCAUUAUCAUCUAACCAAACCAAGUGGAUCACAAGUUCAGAAUAUGAGGAAUAUGGCCCAACUAUUGUUCAUAGGAAGCUUUUUGAUAUUUGA